AUGGCUACUAUACUACUGAUAAUCCCAUUGUUUAUUCUGUUAUUAAUUGUUAACUUUUCUGGCGUUCAUUCAUCUUACUGUGGACAGGCAGCAAUUCCAUUUACUCUUCAAAUAUUAUCUAAUGGUCAACCGGUAUUGGGAUGUGCGCGACCGUCUUGUUUUGGUUGGAAUGCUAACGGUGAAGUGGCUGGCGAUUCAGCCAGAUUUUACAGGAUUCAGAAAAAGAAUGAUGGAUACCUGAGAGAUGGUGAUUCAGAAAAGAAAGUUUUUGCAAAAUCCGAGUUUUACAGAAGUCAGACGUCGGAAUGUCAAGCAACAUAUGAAAGUACAUCAUGCGACAUGCCAAAUCAGUGGGUUGGUGGUAUUGCACCGUUAUAUAACGUCACUAAUGCUCCAUUUUUGAUGAAAUGUUGCGCAUAUGACGGCUUAUCACUAUCAACCGACCGAGGUACAGCUCAGGUUGCACCUGGGCAGAUACUGGUUGGCGGAGAAGUUCUCAAAAAUCGUCGCCAAUAUGCUUUCGACUACAUCGCCAACAUACGAAGAAACGUUGAUGAAGAUGACACCAGUGCUCUUCUAAAUCUUUUAGUGGAAGAACGAGUAGCUUCGUUUGUGAAGUCAAUGGAUUAUUGGAUUAAAAAGGCACUAAACAAGACAGUCGGAGAACCUCAGCCACUUACCAAAAAACAGAUGCAAAAAUUCAAACCAGAAAAAAUUGCAAAAGAACCAAUUGCUUUUAAAAAAGACAAGACCCCGCCACCAGAGGACGAUGAAGAAGACGCGGCUACGAAUGAAAAAGGUGACGACGAGAAGAUACUCGAACUUUUAGAGGCAGAACGAAAUGGGGCCAAACAAUCAGCUGAAAUUGAAGAAAGUGAUGACGAAGAAUCAACCGCCACUGAAACAUUACCCGUGCCGCUAAUAGCUCAUAUUCCGCUUUUAAACAAGCCAGAAAGCGCUCCAGCUUCGCCUCCGUACAACCAGCUACCACCAAUAAGCCCAACCACGAAGCCACUUCCGGAAGAGAGUAGAUAUUUGGGCAGCAAACUAUCAAACCAAAUGCGGGGCCUCAUGAUGGGUCAAGACGACAUCCAUUAUCCUCAAACACCAAGAGAACAUAACACCGCAAUACAACCGCAGAAUAUACCUUCCCCUCCACAACAAGCAUAUCCCCCAACAAAUAAAGGAGCUGGUAAGUCUAUUAAGCACCUAUCCCCAACUUCAAAUUUAAAAUAA